CCUCCCCCGUGCUGAUUGGCAUCAGGUCAGCAGCCCUCUUUGGGCCCGCCCCCACUCGGCCCCACCUGCGCUUCUGCCACGAUCCACGCACACUCGCGACGGUCGCGCUCGCAGCAGCCACGCCGCCCGCUCCUCUUUGCACCCUGCUGAUUGUUCUUCUGUUUUUUUUUUUUGUUUGUUUUUUUUUAAAUCGUUGAAAAGAUCUGAUCGGAAAGGAAGCAUCCCUCGUGGGAUUCUCCGGCACCGACCAGGUUCGACGCGCGGACGGGCAACAAGCCGCGUCGGCGCGGCGACGCCGGAUGCUCGCGUCCGCGAGGAACGCGCUCCCCGCCCGAAGGCCGCCGAGCCGAAGCCGGGCGACUUUUGCGGCCGUCAUGCAGGCCGCCGACGAGCACCGCUCGCCCCCGCCGCUCUGAGGCCACCAUGCCGAAGAGCCCGGAGCGCCUGGCCCCGCCGGUCCCGGCGGCGCACUUCCCCAAGAUGAGCGUCAUCAUCCCCUUCUCGGCCGACGUGCCGUGCGACAGCGACGGUCAGCGCAUGUGGUGGGCUUUCCUGGCCUCGUCCAUGGUCACCUUCUUCGGGGGGCUCUUCAUCAUCCUGCUGUGGAGGAGCCUCAAGUUUCUGGGCAUCGUCUGCUGCCGGUGCCGAGCCCGGAAGAAGGACGUGCAGCGGCUGACCGCGGCCGACGGCGUCCUCAAGCGCGCCGACAAAGACGAGGCGGCGGCGGCGGCGGGCGCCGGCGAGGUUGGAUGGAUGACGUCGGUGAAGGACUGGGCGGGAGUGAUGAUCUCGGCGCAGACGCUGACCGGACGGGUCCUGGUGGUGCUGGUGUUUGUGCUCAGCAUCGGCGCUCUGGUCAUUUACUUCAUCGAUUCCUCGGACCCCAUCGAGUUGUGCCAGAACUUCUACGAGGACGUGACGCUGCAGAUCGACAUGGCCUUCAACAUCUUCUUCCUCUUGUACUUCGGCCUCCGAUUCAUCGCCGCCAACGACAAGUUGUGGUUCUGGCUGGAGGUCAACUCGGUGGUGGACUUCUUCACCGUGCCGCCCGUCUUCGUGUCCGUCUACCUCAACCGCAGCUGGCUGGGUUUGAGAUUUUUAAGGGCCUUAAGGUUGAUCCAGUUCUCAGAAAUUUUGCAGUUUUUGAAUAUACUCAAGACAAGCAACUCCAUCAAGCUGGUCAACUUGUGUUCCAUCUUCAUCAGCACGUGGCUGACGGCGGCGGGCUUCAUCCAUUUGGUGGAAAAUUCCGGGGAUCCCUGGGAAAACUUCCAGAACUCUCAGGCGCUGUCGUACUGGGAAUGCGUCUACCUGCUGAUGGUCACCAUGUCGACGGUGGGCUACGGCGACGUUUACGCCAAAACCACUUUGGGUCGACUCUUUAUGGUCUUCUUCAUCCUCGGCGGUCUGGCCAUGUUUGCUCGCUACGUGCCGGAAAUCGCCGCUCUCAUCCUUAAUCGGAAGAAAUACGGCGGCAGUUAUAACUCGACCAGAGGCAGAAAGCACAUCGUGGUGUGCGGCCACAUCACGCUGGAGAGCGUCUCCAACUUCCUCAAAGACUUCCUGCACAAGGACAGGGAUGAUGUCAAUGUAGAAAUCGUUUUUCUCCAUAAUAUUUCCCCUAAUCUUGAGCUGGAAGCCUUGUUCAAACGUCACUUCACCCAGGUGGAGUUCUACCAAGGCUCCGUCCUGAACCCUCACGACCUCGCCAGAGUCAAAAUUGAAUCAGCCGACGCGUGUCUGAUCUUGGCGAACAAAUACUGCGCCGACCCCGAUGCUGAGGACGCCUCCAACAUCAUGAGGGUAAUAUCCAUCAAAAACUACCACCCAAAGAUCCGCAUCAUCACCCAAAUGUUGCAGUAUCACAACAAGGCCCACCUGUUGAACAUCCCCAGCUGGAACUGGAAGGAGGGCGACGACGCCAUCUGCCUGGCCGAGCUCAAGUUGGGCUUCAUCGCUCAGAGCUGCCUGGCUCAAGGGCUGUCCACCAUGUUGGCCAACCUCUUCUCCAUGAGGUCCUUCAUCAAGAUCGAGGAGGACACGUGGCAGAAGUAUUACCUGGAGGGUGUCGCCAACGAGAUGUACACCGAGUACCUGUCAAGUGCCUUUGUGGGCUUGUCCUUUCCUGUGAUCUGCGAAUUGUGCUACGUGAAGCUGAAGCUUCUGCUGAUUGCCAUCGAGUACAAGUCUGAUCAAAGGGAGAGCAGCACGCUCAUCAACCCCGGCAACCACGUGAAGAUGCAAGAGGGCACGUUGGGCUUCUUCAUCGCCAGCGACGCCAAAGAAGUCAAGAGGGCGCUGUUCUACUGCAAAGCGUGCCACGAUGACGUCACGGAUCCUAAACGCAUAAAGAAGUGCGCGUGCAAGAAAUCGAAAAACACCUUCAAUGGAUACAUCAAAUCAGUCGAAGACGACCAGCAGUCGGUGCUGUCGUCUAAAAAAAAGCAGCGAAACGGCGGCAUGAGAAGCUCCCCCAACUCCUCGCCAAAGAUCAUCAUCAGGCACGACCCGCUCCUCAUCUCCGUCAACGAGCAGAUGGAAAGCGUGGACGACAACGUGAAGAGGUACGACUCCACCGGGAUGUUCCACUGGUGCCUGUCCAAGGACAUCGAGAAAGUCGUCCUGACUCGCAGCGAGGCGGCCAUGACGGUGCUGAGCGGUCACGUGGUGGUGUGCAUCUUCGGCGACGUCAAGUCGGCGGUGAUCGGCCUGCGCAACUUUGUCAUGCCGCUGAGGGCCAGCAACUUCCACUACCACGAGCUCAAGCACAUCGUCUUCGUGGGCUCGCUCGAGUACCUCAAGCGCGAGUGGGAGACGCUGCACAACUUCCCCAAGGUCUCCAUCCUGCCCGGCACGCCGCUGAGCCGGGCCGACCUGAGGGCCGUCAACAUCAACCUCUGCGACAUGUGCGUCAUCCUGUCAGCCAAUCAGAACAAUAUUGACGACGCGUCACUGCAGGACAAAGAGUGCAUCUUGGCGUCGCUCAACAUCAAGUCGAUGCUGUUUGACGACAGCAUCGGCGUCUUGCAGGCCAAUUCCCAAGGCUUCACGCCGCCGGGAAUGGAACCGUCGUCGCCGGAAAACAGCCCGAUCCACGGAAUGGUGCGGCAGACCUCCGUGACCACGGGGGCCAACGUUCCCAUCAUCACCGAACUGGUGAACGAUUCCAACGUGCAGUUCCUGGACCAAGACGACGACGACGACCCCGACACGGAGCUGUACCUGACCCAGCCGUUCGCCUGCGGUACCGCCUUCGCCGUCAGCGUGCUGGACUCCUUGAUGAGCGCUACGUACUUUAACGACAACAUCCUGACCCUGAUCCGCACGCUGGUGACGGGCGGCGCCACCCCCGAGCUGGAGAGGCUCCUGGCGGAGGAGAACGCCCUGCCGGGCGGCUACAGCACGCCGCAGACGCUGGCCAACAGGGACCGCUGCCGCGUGGCCCAGCUGGCCUUGUAUGACGGGCCCUUCGCUGACCUCGGGGACGGCGGCUGCUACGGCGACCUGUUCUGCAAAGCUCUGAAAACGUACAACAUGCUCUGCUUCGGCAUCUACCGGCUCCGCGACGCGCAUCUCAACGGGCCAAAUCAGUGCACCAAACGAUACGUCAUCACCAAUCCGCCGUACGCCUUUGAGCUGGUGCCCUCCGACCUCAUCUUCUGCCUCGUGCAGUUCGACCACAACGCCGGCCAGUCGCGGACGGGCCUCUCGCGCUCGUCCGGCAAGAAGAGCUCGUCGCCGCGCUCCGUCGCCGCCGUCAACCGGGCCAAUCGGAGCAAGGGCCGGGACCCCCGGGACAAGCUGAAGUACGUAAGGGGCGCUUUCAAAGUCUUAAUUUGUUACAAACGUCCGGAUCGAGCCACAAAAAAGCGCUGAAACGGCCCAAAGCCUGCUCAGGAAUGCUAAUCGUGCGUCGAGUAUUCUUUUCAAAAUGUCAGCAUAAGACGAAGGCUUACCAGAAAACUUGGCCUCUCGUACGAUGACGUCACGAUCUGUGGGUGUCUUCCAGAAAAGACGUGGUUUGCAGAUGAGCAGUGGGGGGGGGGGGGGCCCACGCAAAGCAAGCUCGUCAAUACGCACGCCGACGCUUCCAAACAUCGCUCGGGCCCGUCCGAGGAGCACAAGACCAACGCCGGCGGUGGCGGGACGACCGCCAAACAAAGGCAAAUCGACGAUCUGGGAAAAGAAGUCACGAGGCGUUUCCUUGGCGGCGACCCGGUCUGCCCUUCGGCGCCGUGUUCACAACGUCGGUGUGUGACGUCCAACCGCACGAAGCCCCGCGGGCAUCCCCCCCCAAACGACAUAGAAGGGGAUGAAGUCGAUGACUUUCAGAGUCGGGACGCCCACCUGAGUUUUCUCUUCCAAAUAUGAUGGAGCUCUUUUCCAAAUGUAAUUAAAGCCAAAUCUCGCACCGAGGGGGCCGCCAAGUCCUCCUUCAGGUCCAAGCCCCGCCCGCUUUUUACAUACCAUACUUGGCGCUUGUUAGGUUGGCGGGCGCCAGGUGACCGAAGACCUCCGCGUGGGCGUCGGUGGGUGGGGGCCCCACUCCUGCCACCGUCGCAGCUCGGAAUGGAUUUCUUGUGACCGCGCGCGACACCCCAGUAAACAGUACAAUGAACCCCUGUUUACCGGGGGGGGGGGGGAUUACAUUUUACACGAAUCAUUAAAAAGUAUGAAAUGAGAUAAAAAAAAAGUGGGCUGGCUCCCAGUUGAGGUUCACGCGUUCAAAAUUAUUCACAUAUUAAGAUGACUGAAAAAUGUAGAUUCUAAUUUUAGUUAAAAAUCAGACAGGUUCACUGGACACUUGACUGUCGAGCACAAACACGCUCGUACAUAACGUUGUACUUUUUUUUGUGUAUUUUCAAUGAAAUAAAUGCCUAUUUAAUGUC